AUGCCCUCACUCCCACCCGCAAGAGCCGCCCUCCGCGCAGGCAGGACAACCGCGGCCCUCCUCCUGCCCCGCACCCGGCCGCACCUCUCCUCCUCCUCCUUCACCACCUCCGCGCGCACCCUCCUCCCCGCCAGCUUCUCCGGCUCCAGUGGCAGCUUCGGCGGCCCGCUGCCCUCGUACUUCCAGAAGCCGCGGCUGCCCGCGAACACCAUUGUGCGCUUCGUGCCGCAGCAGACGGCGUGGAUCGUCGAGCGCAUGGGCAAGUUCAGCCGCAUCCUGGAGCCCGGGCUGGCCAUCCUGGCGCCGGUGAUUGACCGGAUUGCCUACGUCAAGAGCCUGAAGGAGGUGGCCAUUGAGAUUCCGAGUCAGAGCGCCAUCACGGCGGACAACGUCACGCUGGAGCUCGACGGCGUGCUGUUUACGAGGGUGUUUGAUGCGUACAAGGCCAGCUACGGCGUCGAGGAUGCCGAGUACGCCAUCUCCCAGCUCGCCCAGACGACGAUGCGAUCCGAAAUCGGCCAGCUGACCCUGGACCACGUCCUCAAGGAGCGCGCCGCCCUGAACACCAACAUCACCGCCGCCAUCAACGAAGCCGCCCAGGCCUGGGGCGUCACCUGUCUGCGCUACGAGAUCCGGGACAUCCACGCCCCGGGGGCCGUCGUGGAGGCCAUGCACCGCCAGGUCACCGCCGAGCGCUCCAAGCGCGCCGAGAUCCUCGAGUCCGAGGGCCAGCGCCAGAGCGCCAUCAACAUCGCCGAGGGCAAGAAGCAGAGCGUCAUCCUCGCCUCCGAGGCCCUGCGCGCCGAGCGCAUCAACGAGGCCGACGGUGAGGCCGAGGCCAUCCUGCUCAAGGCCAAGGCGACCGCCGAGGGAAUCGACGCCGUCGCCGCGAGCAUCCUCAAGGGCUCGCACGGAGCCCAGGGCGCCAUGAGCCUGGCGGUGGCGGAGAAGUACGUCGAGGCCUUUAGCAAGCUCGCCAAGGAGAGCACGGCCGUCGUCGUGCCCGGGAACGUGGGCGACAUCAGCGGCAUGAUUGCCACCGGCCUCAACGUCUACGGCAAGGUCAGCGAGGCCCAGGCAAAGGUGCUGGCCAAGCAGAUGGUCACGCCGCCUUCCAGCGGCGAGGCCGAGAGCAGCGCUCCCUCAUCUGGCGAGACGCCCUCGGAAGAGUAUGCCAACGAGAACAAGGGCGAUUUGAAGGACAAGGUGCUGGAGAGCUUCAACCAGGUCACCGGCAGGAAGUGA